CUGUCGAAGCGAGGAAGAGGUCACGAACUCUGACCCGCGGUGGAGUCGAGAAACGGGGGAAAAACGUUCAGGGCUUUUCCGCCCGUUUGAAAAUAACGCUUCAGAAUCUCAGAUGGUAACAAGGAGGCAUACAGAAGUGAGAUAGAUGGGCUGAUUGAGUGUUGUCACAACAACAAUAUCACAUUCAAUGUCAACAAGACUGAGGAAUUGAUUGUGGACUUCAGGAAGAAGUUGGGAGAACGCACACCAGUCAUCGAGUGGAAAGGAUUAAAAAGUGGCUGUUAAUAUUAAGUGCCAAGCUGGAGAAAGAAGAACAGCAAAAGGACAUACUCAUGAAUAAUCAGAAUGGCAAACAGUAUGGAGGAACUGGCACAGCAGAUUGUUGAAGCUCAAAUGGGCAUGCUGAAAAACAAGUAAUUGGAAAGAAAAGUAACAUUUAUACUUGUAUAAAAGUGCAAACAUUGAGGAUAGUAAGAGGUUCGUAAUAAUCAAGUGUCUAUGGCUGGAAGCCCACCAGUCUCCUUGGCUGAACAGACUCAAGUAAAGCUCAUCACAGUCACUGAUGACUUAGUUCAGCAACUAGCUGAACAUCAGAUGAGGAAAAGACUUUCUGAAAUCAGGAGUUGAGUUCCUCGCUACAGAAUACACAGCCUCUGAUCUGCUCUGCAAGCUACGGUAUUUAAGAUCCUGGCUCUCAGUUGACAUCACCACCAUUACUUGUCUUUCUAUAUAUGAACCCACACACACAGUUGAGGACCAGAAGAAGCCCACUUGAUUCCUCAUGGCUGAUCUGAGUGUAAUCUUAACUCCACAUUCCUAAGUACCAAAGGUCUCUCACUCUCAAGGGACAUUAUCUACUGUAAUAGGACGACCAAUAAUGACCAGUACCCCACAGAGGAUUCAGAUUGUUCCCACAGACUCUGGUGUCACAGUAGCACAGCGCAUUCAGAUUGUCACUGAUCAGCAGACGGGCCAGAAGAUUCAGAUUGUCACAUCGAUGGAUCAUGGUGCAAGCAAGCAAUUCAUAUUAACAAAUUCAGAUGGCACUGCAUCAAACAAAGUGAUAUUAGCCCGACCUGAUUCAGGACAAGGAAAGGUCAUCCUGGCCACACCUGACUCUGCUGGUCUUAACCAGCUCAUUUUUACAUCUCCUGAUGGAUCAGCACAACAUAUACAGAUUGUAACCGAUGCAACUUCAGCUGAGCAAAGUGCGGUCAAACCGCCACUGGAGUUUUGUGUAGUUUGUGGCGACAGAGCAUCAGGGCGUCAUUAUGGGGCAGUGAGCUGUGAAGGCUGUAAAGGCUUCUUCAAGAGAAGUAUAAGGAAGAACUUGGUGUAUGUCUGCCGAGGGUCAAAGGACUGUGUGAUUAACAAACACCACAGAAACCGCUGCCAGUACUGUCGAUUGCAGAGAUGCCUAGCACUGGGAAUGAAGCAAGAUUCUGUUCAGUGUGAGCGGAAACCAAUUGAAGUUUCUCGAGAAAAGUCCGCAAACUGUGCAGCUUCAACUGAAAAGAUUUACAUCAGGAAGGACUUGCGUAGUCCCUUGGCUGCAACACCAACCUUUGUAACAGACAAGGAAAGUGCAAGAUCUGGAGGCCUUCUAGAGCCAGGAAUGCUGGUAAAUAUACAACAGCCACUGAUGAAAACGGAGAGUGCUAUGCUCCUCACUUCUGAGAACAAGGCUGAAACCUGUCAAGGUGAUUUAAGCACUCUUGCAAAUGUAGUCACAUCACUUGCAAACCUGAGCAAGUCAAAGGAUCUAUCCCAAAGUAGUGCUGAUUUGUCAGGCAUUGAUGCCUUAAGUAAUGGUGAUGGUUCUUUAUCAGAAAUGCAACAAGAUGACCAGUCUGCCAGUGAUAUUACCAGAGCAUUUGAUACACUUGCGAAAGCACUAAAUCCUGCAGAAGGAUCAGCUGUUCAGAACUCAGCAGAGUGCAUGGAUACUUCGGGCACCAACAUCCAGCUGAUCAGUGGAGAGCAGUCCCUUCCUAUUGUUGAGAUUGAGGGUCCCCUUCUCAGUGAUGUGCAUGUUUCUUUCAAGCUAACAAUGCCAUCACCGAUGCCAGAAUACCUGAAUGUGCACUACAUCUGUGAGUCUGCAUCGAGAUUAUUGUUCCUAUCCAUGCAUUGGGCAAGGUCUAUUCCAGCCUUCCAGGCUCUUGGGCCAGACAAUAAUACAGCUUUGGUACGCGCUUGUUGGAAUGAGCUCUUUACACUUGGUCUUGCCCAGUGUUCCCAAGUGAUGAAUUUAUCAACCAUACUCACUGCAAUUGUUAACCAUCUGCAAACAAGUCUCCAGCAAGGUUGGCAGGGAGCUAAUCUUCAAACGGUUGAUUCAUAUAAAUUGUCAGCAGACCGAGUGAAAGUGGUGAUGGAGCACAUCUGGAAGCUGCAGGAGUUCUGUAAUAGCAUGGUUAAACUAUCUCUGGAUGGAUAUGAGUAUGCCUACCUGAAGGCAAUUGUCCUCUUUAGUCCAGACCAUCCAGGCCUAAUUAAUGCUGCACAGAUUGACAAAUUUCAAGAGAAAGCAUAUAUGGAAUUACAGGAUUAUGAAGCAAAAGCCUACCCAGAUGAUUCUUACAGGCUAUCACGGUUGCUGCUUAGAUUGCCUGCUCUCCGACUCAUGAGUUCCGCCAUCACAGAAGAACUCUUCUUUGCUGGACUAAUAGGAAAUGUGCAAAUUGACAGUAUAAUACCUUACAUAUUGCGAAUGGAAACUGCAGAGUACAACAGCCAAAUCACAGGGUCUGCAGUGUGAUUUAACACCUAUGAACAAUUGUAGCAACCUGUUGAAAGCUUCUUCGCCUUCACUUCCACAAUGAAGGACAAUUGCAGGUUGUUCAUGUAAAAAAAAUCACGGGGUAGUCUUUAACAAAGAAUGAAAGAAACAAUUCAUGGAGACUAGACUGUGAAUAUUUUUCAUUGAUGAAUUGUGCUUGAUAGCAGUUGUAAUAAAAAAAAAGUGACCAUGAAUGAGCCCUUCCUUUUUUAAAAUUGUUAGUUUCUGCAGUUUGCAGAAUGCGUGUACAGCUUGGGUUGAAAACGCCAUGAUCAUAUAUUUGUUUACCCCAAUUUUUUUUUUAAUUUUUAUAGGACUGUAUUUGACUAAACAGUCAUUUGAGAACAAUGGGCUUGUUUAAUGUCUCGAUAACAUAUUGAUAAAGCACCAAUGUUGCAUGUCUGAGACUGUUCCAGUAUAUAGCAUAACGUUUAGAUGUAGAUCCAGACACCUUAUUGGGCAAGUAUUGGGCAACUAUGUGAAUAGCUGGCAAAUUGUCUUUAUCGAAUGAAUGUGUCAUUGUAUCUGGUAGCUUAAUUUUAUUGGUAUCACAUCUGUAUCCUUUUUUGAUAAAUAAGAACGUAAGGAAUAUGAGACAAGACAAAUUAAUUUGCUGUGUUACCAUGCAAAGCUUAUGUUAGAUUUAGUGGUCCUGUCCAUUGUAAAGUUACAUUGAAGCACACCUGAUUUUCAAUGGACUGACAACGUGGCCCAAUUGGUAUAUAUCCUAAGGAAGCAGUCUCACAUCUAUUUCAAAGUCACGCGCAGAAUUAUUAAAAGAAAAAUAAAUAACUCAAAUUGGAUGUUUUAUAAAAAGCAGCUGUAAAACUAUCUUAUUGUAGCACUUUGAUAGCUGUCAAGAAAACACCAAUGGAAAAUGUUAUUCUGAAUUGUCCCAAUUUCUUUCCCUGCCACCAGUCCUUCAGCCCACACCUGAAUUUUGAUUUUCAGCCAUUACCCUGCUUAAAGUCCAUCAAAGCACGGUAGAAUUGAAAAUUUAGCAGGCACAGAGAGAGAGAAACUGAUGUUCCUACUUCAAGGGAUAUCAGUGGCAAAAAUUUGAAUAAAUAAAUUUUCACAUUUAAAAUUGCUGGAAAAGAAUGACUUGGGUGAUGGGCCCAGAAGCCAUGGGCUAGACACAACUUUAUUUGUGCUAAAAUCUCCUGAAGCAUAGUAAUUGACUUCAACUUUAUGUUCAAUAAAAUGAAAAUCGUUGCUAGGUAUUUAGUCUGUACAGUUACAGGUUUAGCCAGUUUUUGUGUUGCGCCAAUGUUUUCUGCUGCACUACAGUGGAAAUAUUGCCUGCAUCAGAACGUUUUAUGGAAUGUCAUUUGCAAAUACAUGUUUUCUGUACGAAUUGUGGUUUACAAUAUUCAACUUUAGAAUUUUAUAAAAUGUCCUGUCAAACACUUGGAGCUGAAAGAAAUGCUAGCAUUGAGAAACUAGAGAUUACAUCGCCUGUUAUUUUGUUAGGUUUCUUUCACUAAUUACUUGCCUUCCUUUGAAGGAAGCCUUUUUCAUUCAGCAGUCAUAAUCUGCUGCAGAUUUCCAUUAAGUCCGAAUCUGUGUUUAUUUUUAUUUGAAGGUAGGGUAAGAGUAUAUUCUUUUUUGGUUUGCUGAAGCCAGGUGGGGUGGAAACAAAACGGUAUCAAGUGAAACAUCUGACUUGCUAGCUUUCUCACCAGCUUUUGCAGGAUAACUUAAGUUGACUAUUUUGUAUAAAAACAAAAUAUAUAAUUUAAAAAUCA